AUGGCUCUAAUGCAAGAUGACCAAGCAGCAGAGAGUUCUCCCUCCACCCUGGAGGACUUCUCCUAUGGAAGCAAAUUCCUGGAUGCAGAAUUGGAACACUCUCCAGAGCAUGCCUCUGAGACACAUGAGGUGAUUCAAAGCUCAAGUCUGGAUGCAGGAGAGACUUUGUCUGCCUCAGAACAUUUGCCCUGCAUUUCUUCUUCAAGCACGCGCUUUCCUGUGGACCAGGAUGGUCCGGGAUCUUACAAGGUGCUUUCAAAUCAAGAUCCAAUGGAGACGGAGAAUUCCCUCUUCAUGCCGCACUAUGAUUUACCUUCCUCCUUGGCCAGUCGCCCCUCGGUGUCUGUAGCAGCUACUGAAAAGGAAAGAAUACUGAAUGUUUACUACAAGCCUGUCAGAGUGAAGAGGGGUGUGGCUGUUUUGGAGGAUACAGAAGAUUUGGAGCCUCCUGCAAAAAUGAUAAAAAUAGGAAAUGUUGUCUGUCAGGAAGGGAUCCCUCCAGAAAUCAGCUUCUCUUCCAUGAGCCUCACAAGUAUCCUAAGUCUGCGUGAUGGCGGCUUGGAUAGUGAACUGCAAGGAGAAAGAGAAGAGGCUGAGAAGCCACCUGAGAAUCUGGCCUUAGAGGCAGAUCCCAGUGCCACGGCACCUGCAGAGCUGGAGCACAUGUAUAGUGGCUUUAGGUGCAUGGGCUGCCUCCAGGUCUUCCCUAAUUUGCAGAUGCUCAAGAAACACCUGGAGGAUGGGGCAGAGGAGGGUGGUUCAUGCAUUAAUCUUGGCUUUCCCAAAAUGAAUAACAGCAAGAUCUCAAGGAGCAUGGAGGCAAAUACAACAGCAUAUGGAGAUGAUAUGGAGAUGGCUUUAUGGUGCAGCCUACUGGAGCAGGCCCUGCAGCUGGGUGCUGGUUCUCUGCUCUACGCUUAG